UGUCAAAAUGAAAGUACAAGACAUGAAGCUUAAUCGGAAGUUGUGGACUUGUUCCGACAACAGGUCACAGCAUCAAAACAAGGCUUCUGCCAUGGCCGUACUUCAAUCUCGUUUGGACCAGCUUGAGAUGCAGCGUCAAGCUGAGAUGAAUGCAGAGCACACACAAUCCCUUACCGACAUAAAUUUUGGCAGCCAAAUACGCUCUUAUGUCCUUCACCCUUACCGAAUGGUGAAGGAUCAUCGGACGGAUUAUGAGGUUUCUCAUCCCGAUUCUGUCCUAGAAGGUGAUCUAGACGGCUUCAUCUUAAGCUUCCUGUCUGCCUCUCUCGACAAAGAUGAAGAUGCUGACCUGUAAACUGGUUCUGAUCGACUGGCAAACUAAACUCGAGUUCCUCGAUUAUGCCUCAGAUAAGGAGCACAGCAGAUAUUACCAGUCUCCCUCUGAGCUUAAAAAUCUUCGUAGAGAUUUAUGAAAAUUAUGUUCUUUCACAAUUUUGAACUGGUUAAGCUUGAUUAUAUGUUAUUCUUUUGAGACAAGGAGCAGAACGUUUUAAUUAAAUGUUGAAGAAUAAUGUCUUUUGGGUUCGUUUUACACUAUUAUGGAGGAUAUGUAGGAUGGAAAUGGAAGAAUCACUAUAAUAAAGAACCUUCGGUUACUAUAGA